UAAAAACUUUUGUGUUGGAUAAACAAAACUUGUAUAACUGUAAAAUACAGCAUGGAAUCGGAGUCUGCAGCAGUAGACUGCUCAGAAAACGACGAUGCAGCAGCAGUUGAUCCUUCGAUUGAGGCAACGGCUUUGCCGGCUGGAAAGGCAAGCACAGUGAAAGAAGCAAAAGCAGAGCAAGGGGAAAAGGCAGAAGGCGAAGAGAAAAUGUCUUUGGAUGAAGAUGAUCACGAUGAGCCAUCGAAUACGACCUCCGAAUCUAAAGAAUCGGAGAAGUCAGAUGCUACUGAACAGGACAAGAACAUCGCCGAAAUGACAUCAGAAAAAACAGAAGAAUCAUCAAUCAUGAAGCUUGAUUCGACCAAACCGAUUGAAACUGAUUUGGAUAGCAGCAUUGAACUAAUCAGUAGCCCAAUUUCCGAGCAGUUGGAAGGCGCAGAUAAAAAUACCAAAGGCUCAACGGACGAAAGUGAUGCAGUUAAGGAAUGCGUUGGCCCUCUAAUAGAUUCUACUGAUGCACCUAAGUCGACCGAAGAUGACUUGGAUAGCAGCAUUGAAUUAAUUGAAAGUCCCGCAUUAAAAGAACCAUCCGAAACAGAUAAUAUAAAAGACAGUAAGUCGGAUAGCGACAGCAGCAUUGAGCUGAUCAGCAGUCCGAGGAAUACGGAAGGCAACAAUGAGGAGGAAACCGAUUCCAAAACGGACGAUAAAGAGAGUGCUAAUAGUAAUCCUGACAUAGAUAGCAAAGACAAAGAAGAAAGUGAAGAUAAGCGAAUUAUCACCGAGCACAUCACAGAAUCAAAAACAAAUACAGAAGAUGCCACCAUAGUAGGCGCUAAGUUCGAUUCAGCUAUGCCAACAAAAAGCACAACUGUAGAAAAGGAACCGAUUGCACCCCAAUUGAUGACAGUUGCUGAGGAGCCACAGCAAGCCGAUGAAUCAAGCAAUGCACAAAAAGAAUCCCUUCAAGAUGAGCCCAUGAAAACAGAGCCUAGUCAAGAAGUCGAAAGUAGCAUUUUAGUCAAGCUACACGAAGAGGAUUAUAAAGAAACAAAACCCGAGGGUGACUCGAAAGAAUCCGUUGACUAUGAGGAGGAUAACGAAAUCUACUACAAGAAGGAUUGCAUCAACUGCAAUUGCGAAAAGCUGCACAAGCAAUACGUGCGCGCUAGCUUGGCAGCUCUCAACUACUACAAGGUGCCUAGAAAGGCCCAUAAGAGACAGUACAUAUGCAUGGGUUGCUAUGACACAGCCAUGGACAUGUAUGAGGACUAUGCGGGUCACUUAGUGGCCAAGCAACCGCUGCUGCUGCGUAGCUUCAACCAGAAUCAUGCGGACUUUGUAGCACUGGACAGUAGUGAUGAGGAGGAAGACGAUGAUGAGCAGAGCAAGCCCGAGUUCUCAGCGAAUGAUUUGCAGCUAAUUGAGAACGAGUUAGAGGAUGCAAUAAAAUCUGUUAUAAACCGAGUGGAUCUGGACGACCAAAUGGCUUGGUCGAAGAGCAUACUUCAGGCCAAAUCGCAGCGCAUAGGACAGGAAAUCGAGAUGGUCAAUGACGAGCUUUGCAAGCUGCAAAAUAUGGCAGACAAGAUGCACUUUGCUCUGUACAGUUCAUGUCAAGUGGUUCACAAGCAUUUGCCGCCACUUGACCUGUACCACAACAUGAACGAUUAUGUACAAGUGCCACCCGCUGGUGAGAUAGAACGUCCGCCCAUUCAGCUGAACGAGACCUACUAUGCUGUGAAGAACAAAGCAAUUGCCAGUUGGGUCUCAGUCAAAGUGAUUGAGUUCACGGAGAGCUCUACGGUGGGCGGCAACGUAAUUAAAAGCUAUAAGAUUAAAUAUCUGAAUACGCCAUAUCAAAUGGUUAAAACGGUAACGGCUAAACAUUUGGCCUACUUUGAGCCGCCCCCAGUACGCCUAACGAUAGGGACUCGUGUUAUAGCCUACUUCAAUGGCAGCACUCUGUCGCGCGGCAAAGAAAAAGGUGUCGUUCCCAGCGCCUUCUAUCCGGGCAUCAUAGCAGAACCCUUGAAGCAGGCCAAUCGCUUUAGAUAUCUAAUAUUUUACGAUGACGGCUACACACAGUAUGUGCAGCACAACGAUGUGCGCUUGGUUUGCAUGGCGUCAGAAAAAGUGUGGGAGGAUGUGCAUCCAGGCUCACGUGACUUUAUACAAAAAUAUGUGGAGAAAUAUUCUGUGGAUAGACCUAUGGUGCAGUGCACCCGUGGCCAGAAUAUGAACACUGAAUCCAAUGGCACCUGGUUGUAUGCGCGAGUGAUUGACAUUGAUUGCAGUCUGGUGCAGAUGCAGUUCGACGAUGACAAGAAUCAUACUGAGUGGAUCUAUCGCGGUUCGCUACGUCUAGGCCCCGUCUUCAAAGAAACGCAGAACGCCUUAAAUAGCGCCAAUGCCAUGCAACAGCAUCGUGUUCCACGCCGCACCGAGCCCUUCAUACGCUACACCAAGGAAAUGGAGACAAGCAGCAGGCAGGUUAACCAGCAAAUGCGCGCCAUUGCCCGGAAGAGCAGCUCCGCACCACAGAACGUAAAUAUGUCAUCAUCGUCAUCAGCUGCAGCAAGUGCUUCCAAUGCUGCUGCUGCAGCUGCAGCCCGGAAUACUGUUCGACAUUUGAACAACUCCACAAUCUAUGUGGAUGACGAAAAUCGACCCAAGGGCCACGUCGUGUAUUUCACCGCCAAACGCAAUCUGCCACCUAAGAUGUAUACGCCACAUGAAUGUACGCCGGCCUGUCUGUUCAAGAUCGUUCAUCGCCUGGAUAGCUACAGUCCGUUGGCCAAGCCAUUGCUCUCUGGUUGGGAACGUUUAGUAUUUAAGCAGAAGGCCAAGCGCAAUGUGGUCUAUCGCGGGCCUUGUGGCAAGAGUUUUCGUAAUCUGGCCGAAGUGCACAGAUAUCUGCGUGCCACCGAUAAUGUGCUAAACGUGGAAAACUUUGAUUUUACACCUGAUCUACGUUGUCUGGCGGAGUACUCCAUAGAUCCCACUAUUGUUAAAGAAGCAGACAUUUCGAAGGGUCAAGAAAAAAUGGCUAUACCACUCGUUAACUAUUAUGACAAUACAUUGCCACCGCCAUGUACUUAUGCCAAACAGCGCAUACCGACAGAAGGUGUGCAUCUUAAUCUCGACGAGGAGUUCCUGGUGGGCUGCGAUUGUGAGGAUGAUUGCUCGGACAAAUCAAAAUGCGCCUGCUGGCAGCUGACAAUUGCAGGUGUCCGCUACUGCAAUCCCAACAAGCCGAUCGAAGAGAUUGGCUAUCAAUACAAGCGUCUCCACGAGCAUGUGCCCACUGGAAUUUAUGAAUGUAACUCGCGUUGUAAAUGCAAAAAGAACUGCUUAAACCGGGUGGUCCAACAUUCGCUAGAAAUGAAGCUGCAGGUGUUCAAAACCUCGAAUCGAGGCUGGGGUCUGCGCUGCGUCAAUGAUAUACCGAAAGGUGCAUUCAUUUGCAUUUACGCCGGCCACUUGCUAACCGAAACUAUGGCCAACGAAGGUGGAUUGGAUGCUGGUGACGAGUAUUUCGCCGAUUUGGACUACAUUGAGGUGGCCGAGCAGUUGAAAGAGGGCUACGAAUCGGAUGUUGAGCACUCACCGGCGGAAGAGGAAGAAGACACUUAUGUGCCAGAUCCUGAGGAUGAUGCAGAUUUCAUGCCCGCUAAGUAUUAUCAACCUCGCAAAAAGGAUAAACUACGAGUCUCCCGCAGCCACUCCACCCAAUCCACGGAGCAGGACUCACAGGAGAGGGCUGUGAUUAACUUCAAUCCGAAUGCAGACCUGGACGAAACAGUCCGAGAGAACUCGGUGCGUCGACUUUUUGGCAGAGAUGAGGCACCCUACAUAAUGGAUGCCAAAACAACUGGCAAUUUGGGGCGCUACUUUAAUCAUUCGUGUGCGCCAAAUUUGUUUGUGCAGAACGUGUUCGUGGACACGCACGAUCUACGUUUUCCCUGGGUGGCUUUCUUCUCGGCCAACCACAUACGCUCCGGCACCGAACUGACUUGGAAUUACAACUACGAGGUGGGCGUGGUACCUGGCAAAGUGCUUUAUUGUCAAUGCGGAGCAACCAACUGUCGAAUACGAUUACUUUAAUUAUGUAUACCUAUAUAUGUAUUUGUAGAUGACUGCACCUAGUAGUUAACAAGUUAAACACAAAA